CCUGCGGCCUCCGAGAGCCGGGCCGGCGCUGCCAACGGCCUCGCGGGCUCCGCGCUGGCGCCGGGCGAGUGGAAGCCAAAGGUGGAGACGGGGGAGCUCCCCCGCCCCCGAGCCCCGGGACCCCCAGUGCCACUCCAGCCGCGAUCCCGGCGUUGCCCACGCCCAACCCUGCCAGUGCCACUCCCAACCAGCGCCAGUGGGUCUCCGCGGCCACCAGCACCAACGACUCCUUCGAGAUACGGCCGGCCUCCAAGCCGGACAUGGACACGAUUCCCGCCGGAGACAUUCAGGCCCGGGCCCUGGCCAGCCUCCGUGUGAACUCCCGCAACUCUUUCGUGUUCAUCCCCAAGCGCAAGGCCUCUGGGGCCCAUUCUAUGGAAGGGAGGCAGUCUGUGGGGCUGCCGGAGGGAGAGGUUGGCUGGGCGUCCCAGCACCCGGAACACAAAGCCCAGGUGGUGCUGGAAGUGGAUGGCACACCUGCCCAUGGGAGGAGCCCCUUGGGGGUCAAGGAGGGGGGCUGCCCCAGGCCAGCCAGUGCCCUCGUAGACCAGGCCGUUAGGUGGCAGAGAGCAUCCUUGCCACCCCCAUCCCCGCCCACUGCCACUGAAGCUGAGCCUGCCCAGGGCUUUGGGGUUCCCGGCUUGGCCAAGAAUGGUGGGGAGCCUGGGAGGCCAGGGCUGCCCGUCACUUUCAUCGAUGAGGUGGACUCGGAGGAUGAGGUCCCCCAAGAAGCCAAACUGCCCUGCUCGGGGACUGGUGCACCUCCUUGGUACCACUCGCACCCGACCAGGCCUGGGCACCUGUCAGAGCUCCAGCAUCGAGGCGGCAACACCUUCAUGGUGGUGCCCAGGAGAAAGCCAGGGGUCCUGCAGGCCAAUAGGGAGCCUGGGCCACGGGAGGCGGAGGAAGAGGAAGUGGGCAGUCUCUCACAGCCCCCUGCUGUCCAGGGAACCCCACUGAAGAAGCGAUAUCCCACCGUGCACGAGAUCGAGGUGAUUGGCGGUUACCUGGCCCUGCAGAAGUCUUGCCUCACCAAGGCUGGCUCCUCAAGAAAGAAGAUGAAGAUCUCCUUCAACGACAAGAGCCUGCAGACCACAUUCGAGUACCCUUCUGAAAGCUCCCUGGUGCAGGAGGCAGAGGCGGAAGCAGAGGAGGGGGAGGAGGAGGAAGAGGAGGAAGAGGAGGAGGAGGCGGAGGAGGCGGAGGAGGCGUCUGGCUCAGAGGAGGUGGUGGAGAAGCCCUUUGCACUCUUCCUGCCCCGAGCCACGUUCGUGAACAGUGUGGGGCCCGAGAGCCCUCGGCUGCUAGACAGCAGCUCAGGCUUGUCCAGCUAUACUCCAAAGCAUUCCCUGGCCUUCAGUAAGUGGCAGGAGCAGACGCUGGAGCCGGCUCCCAGUGAGGUGGAGCCUGUGCCGAAGGAGGUCAUGCUCACCCCUGCCAGUCAGAAAGACCUCUCGGACUUCCGCAGCGAGCCAGCCCUCUAUUUCUGACCCCGGCCCUGCCAAGAUGGCCAAGGCGGAGCCCUGGGAGCUCCGCCCUCAUUCUGCACCCCUCUUCUGCCCUGCCAGGCUCUGCCCUCCAUGUCACACCCUCCCUUCCUAGGACCUCACAGCCAUGCUGGUACUCAGGGCCUGAGGCUGGGGCACCUGGGGCUCCUCUUUCUCGUGGGGCUGUCUGGGUCUCGCUCUCUGGCCCUGGUUUGGGGCACUGCCUGUUGAGGAGGGACGGGGUCCUGGCGGACGCUGUGCCCAGCAGCUGCCAAGUGUGUCCCAGGCGAAGGGCUGGCCUGGCUGCCUGUCCUCUGCAGGACUCCAAGCCUCCCCAGCCUACACCCCCACGGUGGAGCUCAGCCCACCCCCUUUGUGAUGAAUGGCAAGUCUUUUCUCGCCUCUGAUGAUGGACUCAAUAAAUAGCACUGGACGAACUGC